AUGUACUGGAGUUGGACCUCAAAACUCUCACUGGUUGGCUUAUCUCUAUCACCUCCUGUGUUGGACCACCACGUCGAUCCCACGCUGAAGAACAAAAGCAAGAGUUCUAAGAAGCUAAGUUUUCACCUCUAUGUCAAACGAGAAGAAGCAAUGGCUCCUUAUCUUGCAUAUGCAGUCAACAGAAGAUCGCAAAUUUGCAAUGAACCUGGACAAUUGGUCAUUUGGAACAGAGUUAUCGAAACUUGCAGUCAUAUUGCUUCUACCAUUGCUUUUCAAGUCGUAGUUCCAAUCCUAAAGCAAUGCUUUAGGCUUGAAGACCUGAUACAAGUUAAUCCAAGAGUGAGCAUAAUGAGUUCAAGGUUGUGUUCACCCAAACACACUCCUCAUACUCAUCUAUACUCCGAUUUUCCGUUCAAAACCUUAGAUUCACAUCCAACACAACUGCAAAACCUCUUGUCAUUGUAA